AAUGUCAAGUUGUGGAGUCUUGCCUGACUGCUCGAAUCGAAGACGUGCGAAAGAAAGUUAAAAUUUUUAGGCGAAUUUUUAAUUGUGAAUUGCACAUUUAUAUCACCAAUUCUGAACAAAAGGAAUAAAACAUGGACGACGAUUUACCGACCGACUUUCAGGUCAUCGUUGUUGGUACAGGAAUGGUGGAAUCAAUAGUAGCUGCCGCCUGUAGUAGGAUAGGGAAAAAUGUUCUGCAUCUGGACUCUAGUGAUCAUUAUGGAGGACUCUGGGCUUCUUACAACUUUGACGGCCUUCAGAAAUUCAUUAAAGAAGUAAAUUCUGAUCCGAAAAGACAGCAACAAGUUUAUAACCUUUCUGAAAAAUGGUAUAUAGAAAAGGAGACCCCACAAGAAGAAAAAAAAGAAGAGGGACAAGAUAAGACUGAAGACAGCAAAGCUGAACCUCCCAAGAAGGUGUGGAGUCAAGCAAACUUCACAUCUGAAUAUAGGAAAUUUAAUAUUGAUAUGACUCCAAAAUUAUUAUUCUCCCGUGGCCCACUCGUGGAGCUGUUGAUCUCUUCAAAUAUCGCCCGUUACGCGGAGUUCCGAUGCGUAACCCGAGUGCUUACUUGGCUCAAUGACCGGCUGAUGCCGGUGCCGUGCUCGCGAGCCGAUGUGUUCGCAACGGAGGCGGUCAGCAUUGUCGAGAAAAGGAUGCUUAUGAAGAUGCUCACCUCCAUUGUUGGUUAUAAUGAAGAGGAGAUGAACAAUGAGUUUAAAGAUUGGAAUGACAAGACCUUCAAAGAGUACCUCACGCACAAGGGGCUGACUCCAAAUCUGAUUCACUAUGUGCUGUAUGCAAUUGCCGGCGGCACUGAUAAGAUGCCGUGCCUGGAGGGUGUGAAAGAAUGCAAGAAAUUCCUUAUGAGUCUCGGUCGUUAUGGCAAUACUCCAUUCCUUUGGCCCAUGUAUGGAAGUGGAGAGCUGCCUCAGUGUUUCUGUAGGCUUUGCGCGGUAUUCGGCGGGGUGUACUGCCUAAACCGGCCGAUCGAUAAAGUGGAGACAAAAACUGUAGACGAGGGUAAAACAAUGGUCACAAUUGAAAGCAAGUCCAAGACGCUGAACUGCGACCACCUGGUCAUCGGUAUUAACGAGUGUCCUAAAGAGCUUCUCUCACCAGAGCCAGCAGAGAGCUGUGAUAUAUCGAAAGCCAUUUUCAUAACAAAUGGCACGAUCUUGCCGAGCGAGAAGGAGCCACUCAGCCUACUGCGCUUCCCUCCAUUAACUGAAGAAGACAAUGCUGUCACCGUGCUAGAAGUCGGUCCAGCCACUGGGUCCUGUCCGAAGGGAUUAUUUGUGGUGUAUUUCAUAACGAACAAAGUGAAGGAUGCCGAGAGCGAUCUGAUGCCGUACGCUGAGAAAAUCUUUGACAUGUCCGGCGGCGACCAGACCGUCACGUCUGACAAACCCAAGUGCCUGUGGUCGCUGUUCUACAACGCGGCGGACGGCGGCGGCGCGGGCAGCGGAGCGGCUAGCGGCGCGGACGGCGUGUUCGUAUGCGCCGGGCCCGACUCCGGCCUCGACUUUGACCGCGCCGUCUCACAGGCGGAAGAGAUUUUCAAGCAAAUCUGUCCCGGUGAGGAGUUCCUGCCACGUGCCCCCGAUCCAGAGGAGAUCGUGUUUGAAGAUGACGUCACCCACGGCCCGGAGUUUCGGCGCGAGGAUGACGAUGCGGACGGUGACGCGCCCAAGGAGUAGUCGCGUGCCGCCCUCUAGCGAAACAAUUCCAACAGUGCGUUUGAACGUGCCACCCUAACCGUAUCCUACAAAUGACGGAGCUCUCAUUAUGUAACGUAGCUUUUGUUUACAUUGCACAAUAUCACAGUGUAAAGAAUCUAAAGCCCUUUGUACACGGGUAGAGCAAACAGUGUAGUCGCAUAGUAGAGUACUAACUGUACCAACAUAGACUUUUGGUAGAGUAUUAGAAUUUGGAAGAGUAAAGUAGCUAGAAUUAGGGGCAAGUCGCCACAUGACUUGUCUUCCACAUCCCAGUAUCCUGUCUACUUUACCGUUUUAAUUUGAAGAUACACUGUUUAUUCUAACAAAAUAUAAUAGUUUAGAAAAUUGUUCUAAUUAAAUUACAGUACUGGGUAUGGUUAAAGCUGUAAGUUAGUACACUUUACUGUUAUUUCUACCUACAUGCCCUUCCUUUUACAUUGGUUCCAUGCAACUGGCGAUAUGGGUUGAUCUUGGAGUGGGGGGCUGAGUAAAGCUGUUGUAGAUUACUGGACUGUGAUAUAGCAGUUUAGUACUCUAUUCAGAUUUCUAUUAUAUUUGUAAGAUACGAUUAUUUACACUGUGGCAACACUUGCAGAUGCUAUUAAUAUCGAGCGCGGACUUUACAUUUCUAGGUGUGGUGGCGUUAUAAUUACAGACACGGUCAAAACGUACUGCAUAGUUACUAAGGUGUAAUCUCAGUAAGAUUUAUACGCUUUGGUCGCUUGACUUCGUGCAUUCCGACUGGUGCGUGCGGUUGGUGCACGUUAUACGACGACUCCGGUUGUGCAAGACUCGUAGGGGUCAUCGAAAUUAUCGUCUGCUGAGUUUACUAUAUUAUGUUAGUAUAAUAAACAUAAUCUCAAUUUUUUUUAUAAUUGAUAAUAUCAUGAUUAAUAUAGUCUAAGUUUAGUAAACUUAGCAGGUCGAAUUGAUGUUGUGGUCGCCACAUGUGACGGAGGCUUCAAUAACUUAGCUUGGUUGUCUUGAUGAAAGUGAGCAAGAUAAACUCAUAGCCAAUGUUAGUAAAAGUAUGUAUUGAGUUGCAUUCAAAGAGAUAUGUUGAUUGAUCGAAAUUAUGUCUAUAAUCAAAAUAUCACGAGGCAAGCCUACGAUUAUCACGGUUUAGGCAAGCUAAAAUGUUUUAUUAAUAUAUUUUUGUGAGUUAUUUAUUUAUUUAUCAAAAUGAGGUAUAGACUAUAAAAUGGACAAUUUGUGUCUGGCAUGCUCUCUAUCGAGCCUAUGGUGGCACAGUGUUUGAAGUGAAACCAAAGUAUUAUCACAGGUAUUACAAUCUAUUUUUCCUUACUUGUACUAUUAGGUAAACAAUUUUGAUCUUUUUGCGAGAAUAUCCAUAUAGAAGUGAGAUCUAAAAAUAAAUAUGUACUCAAAAUUAUAAUAACAUAAAAAUAAUAUUUAGCAUUCCCGAAUGCAGUAUUUGUUUUAAAAUAGUUUAAAGAAUGAACUACUAUAAUAUAAAGGAUAAUAAAUAUUUAACAAGAAUAUUAUAUUUUAGUAAUUUGUUAAUUUUAAAGCGUUCUGAUACGCCGAGAUUGAUUACCUAAUAAGUCCAGAUAAAUAAUACAUUCAAGUGUGUACGAGGCGCGUGCAAUGUUGGUAGGUAGGUACUUAUAGUUAGCUAGGAUGCAGUUUUGAAAUGUGUAGUACAUUUUGGACGCACCAGUCUAAGGCAUAGAUUGUAGCACUAUUAUUUUUACUAUUGUUUAACUUAGCACUUUUAAAUGAUAUUUAUUGUCAGAUGAUGAUUAUCAUGCCUGCGCAGCUUGUGCAUUUAUAAUUCCAAUAAAUUGUGAUUAUUAGAAUUA